CAUAAUCGCUAUCUACUGCCAAGGAAUACGACGUGUUAUUUAACUAAGAUUUAACUAAAUUUAUAUAUAUAUAUAUUCCUGCCAAUUUAGUCUUUAUCCAUUACUUACAUUAGGUCCAUUUUAAUCGACAAUUAAAUAAAUGUAGUUUGUGUCAUUGUGAUUUUGAAUGUUACUGUUAAUGUAAUAAAGUGAGUUUUUGACUGUCAACACAGUGAAUAUAUGAAAUAAUUUAAAUGUACGAAAACGGUGUUAAUUAUAAUGUGUUUCGAGCAGUAUUGGUCGGUAAGGCUUUGGUUUUGUAUGCAGCUGAAGAGUUGAACAAGAAAAUGGUCUUCACACUGUCCAGUUUCGAUGUGACUAAAGAUUUUGAAGAUAAGGUCACAUGGAAGGACGUUUCGGCAGCAUUUGCAGUAUGCCUCCCAUUUUUCACCUAUGGUAUAGCCACAACUCUUCUAUCCCUGUCUUCGGAGGGGGAGGCCCUAUGGAACCAGACCGGGUUGAUACUCGGAGCAGCUCUCUCUGCACCGGUCUUGUGUUACACUAUCGACAAAUGCGGCAGGAAGAUCGGGAUUUUUAUCGUUAAUUUGGUACAAGGCACAACAUGCAUCCCUCUCUUCCUUGUACCAAGUGUUGCCAACGUUAUAACGGUACACGUCCUAACCGGCAUAUCAUCAGGCGGACUAUUCACAAUACUACCGAUAUACAUGCGAGAAACAUUCCCGAAGAAGAUCAGAUCUGUGUCGUUAGCACUGAUUUCGUUAAUGGUGUCAGCAGGGUAUAUGAUGAAGCUGGCGAUGGGUGAAGAGGCAUUGAUGCUAACAAUGGUAGCAUUGGUGAUGAUUCAGAUACUAACGCUGUACAUUAUGGUCGAAUCGCCUAGCUAUCUGAUCAUAGCAAAUAAGAUUGAGGCAGUAACAAGUGUAGUCGCCAAGCUGAAAAACCUACCAAAAGAGAGUCCCGCAGUCACACAUGAAGUCAGCAUUCUGAAACAAGAGAGUGAGAGAGCAAGAGCUAAUGGAAGAAUUACAUUAUUAAGUUUUUUCAAGAACCGAAUCUGGUUAGACAUAACAAAAAUUGGCAUCAUGCUCUUUACUAUCAAGGAGUUGUGCGGUAGCAUCAUCUUCCUGGACCAGGAUAAGACUCUAGCUCAGUUGGAACUACCCUCAGACCCCGAUAGAAUGUUAGUAGUUACUGCCUGGUGUACGGGAUGUGUCUUCUGUUUGGUGGUCAUCAGUUUUGUGGAGAGAAAGUAUCUUCUAACCUUCGGCUAUGUAGUAAUGGUGUUGUCGAUGGGUGUGCUAGGAGUGUACACACAGACAGACCUAUCUGUGAAGACAUUAAGAUGGCUACCAGUGGCGACAUUACCAAUACUAGUGUUUGGCUAUGGUGUUACCUGGGGUAUGCCCACUAUUAUAAUGGUAGAAAUGUAUAAUUUAGAGAUCCGAGCCACGCUGAUAGGGCUACUAUAUACAUAUUCAGAAUUAAUUAAACUGGCACACGUACACUCCUUCCAAUAUAUCGAGGAUUACAUGGGUACUUAUACUGUGUUCUAUAUAUUUGCGUGUAUAAACCUCUUUGCAGCUGUGUACGCUCUGUUUGCGAUACCGGAUAUUAAAAAUAAAAGUGUCAGACAGAUUGAGAGGCAGCUGAAAAGGAUACCGAUUUGGAAAUUAUGAUAUAAAUAUAGACAUUAUUCACAA